GCAGCAAAAUAGCGAAAAAAGGCAACUGGGCCAAAGAAGGAACAGACUAAGAACCUGCAGGACAGACAAGAGAACAAUGGCUCAGAGAAGAAUCAGCGGAGGAAAACUCUUCAUCACAGUGGUGUACCUGGUGGCCAUGUGCAGAGCCGUGCCCGUCAAUGACCUGCUUGACCGAGCCUCACAGCGCUCCGACAAAAUGCACUCUCUGAGCACACUGCUCACCCAGGAGAUGGACUCUCACUUCCCUCCUUAUGGUAGGAUGCAAAUGCCUCGUCCUGCCGACUGCCACACCUCGGCUCUACAGACACCCAAUGACAAAGAGCAAGCUCUGCAAGUAUCUGAGUCUGAUCUAAUGUCUCUGGCCCGCUCCCUGCUCCAAGCCUGGGUGGAUCCGCUGGCAGUCCUGUCUACCAGCGCCAUCACCUUGCCUCACCCAUCCAAAAGCAGCAUAUCAAGCAAGAUCCAGGAGCUGCAGGAGCAUUCCAAAAGCCUGGCGGACGGUCUGGACAUACUGUCUGGCAAGAUGGGUCCGUCUGCUCAAGCCAUCUCCUUCCUGCCCUACACCGGCGGGACUGACCUGGGCCAGGACCGGGUCACCAUACUAAACAAGUUCAACUUCCUGCUGUCCUGCCUUCGCCGCGACUCGCACAAGAUCGACAGCUUUUUGAAAGUCCUUCGCUGUCGCGCAGCGAAGUUGCAGCCCGAGUUGUGUUAAGGCCAGCGUGACUCUGGGGGGAGUUCUGCUUCUUACUAUCUACUAGCUUAGAGCUAGCACUUCAACACCAUUCUAAUUGUUGAGUAGUAGGUAGUGUAAGUUUUCAGAGGAUGGAGAUAUGGAGGAGGUAUAUAGAAGACAGAAUGUGGAACUUUUAGCAGUUACUCAAAACACUCAAUGCCCAAAUUAUUUGUCGGGGUAAACCAUAAGAAUUGGGUCAAAAAGGACAUUUUUAUGUUUUUUUUUUCAUAGGAACAGAUUUCUCCUG